AUGAACGAGUGGGUCUCAGCUAUUGCUAUAAAUGACCAAAGAAAACUGAAGCUAUAUCUCAGCUACAGAUUUGGAAGGAUGAAGAAAUCCUUUUCCAACGGAUUGGGGAUUAUAAAGUUACUGAUUGAAGACUGCGUGACCCAAUAUCGUGUCGCGAAAAGUUUAUUUUCAGGCGUGAUGUCUCUAAAACAACUUCAUAUCGUUAAUUCUCCUAAUUUCAGUGACAUCUUCUGGUCGAAUGAUGCUUACGUGCUCCCUCUGAUGCGUUCAUUGAACUCUUGCUGGUGGAACUAUGGAAACGACAACGUUCAUCGUCGCUACAACCGCUACUUUUAUAUCCACUGCAGUUAA